AUGGCACCCCGCGGUCGUGGAGGAAAGUUCUCCAAGCCUACACGAGGAGGAGGCAAGAAGUUCAGCCGUGAUCUCCAACCCACCGACAAAGAUGGAAACCCAGUCGGUCUCUGGCGCGACAAAGAAGAUGAAAUCCCCUCCUCAAGCGAAGAAGAAUCCUCCUCGGAAGACUCCCAAGAAGAAAGCUCCGACGACGAGCCAACCACCACCACCACAACCGCCGGCCCAAGCAACACCCAACCCAGCACCCCCUCUGACCUAACCCGCGAAGCCCGACGCGCCGCCGCAAAAGCCAAAAAGGCCGCCGCAAUCGCAAAACGCGACCGCGCCCCCGCCCAACCAGGCGACCUCCCCUCCUCAGACGAAGCGUCCAGCGACGAAGAAGACGCCGACCUCCCCGCAAACCCGAACCACAGCGCGAAAUCACGAUCGCAGCUGUCCAAGGCUGACUCGGAUGAGUCGCAGGGCGGAGCGUCAGCGUCAGCUUCCAAGAAAGCCGGCUCUGGCUCCGGCGUGAAGGACAUGUCGCAGCUGUCCCGGCGAGAGAGGGAGGCUAUUGAAGCUCAGCAGGCGCGGGAGCGGUAUUUGAAGCUUCAUGCUGAGGGGAAGACUGACGAGGCGCGGGCUGAUUUGGCUCGGUUGGCUAUUAUUCGGGAGCAGAGGGAGGCGGAGAGGUUGAGGAAGUUGGCGGAGAAGGAGGAGAAGGAUGAGAUAGCGAGGGAGAGGGCUGCGGCUGUUAAGGAGAGGGAGGAGAAGUUGAAGGCUGCUGCUAUGGGGAAGGGGAAGAAGGGGGGGAAGAAGAAUUGA